GCUGACAUUUCCGACAGCACUUUAAGGCAGCACUUGUUGAAUUCAGGGUGACGCGCAGCUCUGACCCGACAAAAACUCCACGGAACAAACUAAAGUGAGGGAAAAACAAUUAUGAAAGCUACAGGGGAUAUAACUACAGCGACCUUAGGAUCCUUCCUUCUGCUGCUUUGCGUGUGUUCACUCAGAGCUGACUACUGUGAGGUGAACUCUUGCCACAAUGGAGCCACGUGCGUGAUGGGAGUAGGAGAGGACCCUUUCAUCUGCAUCUGCACAGAUGGCUUCGCUGGGGACACCUGUAACCUGACAGAGACAGGACCCUGCAGCCCAAACCCCUGUAAGAAUGACGGGUCUUGCGAGGUCAUCGCUCCGACCAGACGGGGGGACGUCUUCAACGAAUACGUCUGCAGGUGUCAGCCCGGCUUUGAAGGAGUGCACUGCCAGAUUAAUGUGAAUGACUGUGCCAAAGAGCCUUGCAGGAAUGGAGGGACCUGUCGGGAUCUUGACGGAGACUACGCCUGCCAGUGCCCCUCACCGUACGUCGGGAAGCAGUGCCAGCUACGGUGCAUCGCUCUGCUGGGUAUGGAAGGCGGAGCGAUCGUGGAGUCCCAGAUUUCCGCGUCCUCCGUGCACUACGGCGUUCUGGGUCUCCAGCGCUGGGGGCCCGAGUUGGCCCGGCUCAACAACCAAGGCAUCGUCAACGCCUGGACGUCAGCCGGCCACGACAGGAACCCUUGGAUCGAGAUCAACAUGCAGAAGAAGAUGCGCCUGACGGGCAUCAUCACUCAGGGAGCCAGCCGCAUGGGCGCAGCGGAGUACAUCAAGGCCUUCAAAGUGGCGAGCAGCCUGGAUGGAAUCAGCUACGUCACCUUCAAAGGAGACGGGAUACGAAGAGACAAGGUUUUUGUGGGCAACACCGACAACGACAGCACGAAGACCAACCUGUUGGACCCGCCCAUCGUGGCCCAGUUCAUCCGUAUCAUCCCCGUGGUGUGCCGCAGGGCCUGCACCCUGCGCAUGGAGCUGGUGGGCUGCGAGCUAAAUGUUUAUUCAAACACGACAGGUUGCUCCGAGCCCCUGGGAAUGAAAUCGCGACUCAUCUCGGAUGACCAGCUUUCAGCCUCCAGCACUUUCCGCACGUGGGGCAUCGACACCUUCACCUGGCACCCUCAGUUUGCCCGGCUGGACAAGGCGGGCAAGACGAACGCCUGGUCUCCCGCUCAGAACAACCGCUCGGAGUGGAUCCAGGUGGACCUCGGUAAAACAAAGCAGCUCUCAGGCAUCGUCACUCAGGGUGCCAAGGACUUUGGGGUGGUGCAGUUUGUUUCGGAGUUUAAAGUUGCGUACAGCAAUGACGGCGAGUCGUGGAGCAUCGUUAAAGAGGAGAACACUGGCGAUGAUAAGAUUUUCCAGGGAAACACUGACAACAACACUCACAAAAAGAACGUGUUCGAGCCCCCGUUCUAUGCUCGAUACGUCCGAGUCGUCCCCUGGGUUUGGCACGAGCGCAUCACCCUACGCAUGGAGCUGCUCGGCUGCGAUGACUGAACCAACAGAACCCGUUCAUCCAGCUGAUUUCUUCCACAAACUGGAUCUCAUCUGUUUGGCACUCUGUGGAGAUCGUGUCUGCUGAAUAGUUUGGACUCUAACACUCAUAGCACUUUUGCAUUAGGGACUUUUUUUAUGUUUACAUGGCUACAUUGUUUGACAUCCCGGCCUUUUGUGACUCACAGAGCGCUCCUUUGAUUAUUUGUAGUUUUAGUAGCUUUGUAUAUUUAUA